AUGAAGCCUUCACUACUUACCUUCUCUUUUCUUCUUCUCUUUGUAUUUUCAUUAGCCUUUAGUACACUAGUUGAUGAACAAGUAGUAGUGGACACAAAUGGAAACCCUAUUUUCCCUGGUGGGAGAUACUAUCUCAUGCCACCUAUCUUUGGAGCAGCAGGUGGUGGAGUAAAGCUUGGUCAUGAUACAGAAAGCUCAACAUGUCCAGUUGCAGUAUUUCAAGAUUAUUCUGAGGUUGUGAAUGGCCUACAAGUGAAAUUUAUCAUACCAGGAAUAAGCCCUGGUAUAAUCUUUACAGGAACUACACUCAAUAUUUCAUUUGUAGAGAAGCCUCAGUGUGUUGAAUCCUCUAUUUGGGCUAUAGUUGCUGGUUGGCCUGCAUGGAUAGGUAUUGGUGGUGAUGAAGAUCAUCAAGAAUCUGAAAUCCUAACUGGGAAGUUUAACAUUCAGAAACAUGGUUUGGGGUACAAGUUUGUAUUUUGUCCAACCUAUACUAUCCCACCUGGUUCUUGUUAUGAUAUUGUGAAGAUUGAUGAUGUGAAUGGAAGACGUUUGAUCCUUCCUAUGGAUGAUGUCAGUGCUCCCUUUGAAUUUGUGUUAUUUGAUGCUGGUGAUGCCACUAGAAAUUCUGUAGUUUGAAUAAUAAAAUAUCUAAGCAAGUGUAAUUACUCCAUCUGAUCACAUUUAUAAGAAAAAUAAACGACUUUUUAAAUUUA